AUGCUACUUUCUACAACUUACUCAAAACUGAACCUUACGAGGCUUAUGAGAAUCUACAUAAAUUCCUGUGGAGAGUACGGCAUUUGUAAGGACUGGACAGACUUAACAGGGUACGAGAAGAAUCCAAUAAACUCGCGCUGUCCGCCAUGCUCGUGCGAGGACAACUGUUUUCGUGAGAAUACUUGUUGUCCUGACAAAUUUUUCCAAAGGAAACUGACGCGAUUCCAUGACGCGGUCUACCAAUGGUCGCCAUUCAGAGACAAGAACACUUACCUCCCAUUGUAUCAUGUUGUGGAUCACUGCCCAGCGUUUGCGGAGGUGCUCGAUAAAUGUAUAAAGCCUGAUUUUAGUUUAGAAGACAGAACCUUCGUUACUUCACUUGUAAGUAAUUACACAUACUACAACAUUCAUUGUGCUUUGUGUCACGGUGAAAACAGAUCUGAGCUAGUUGAUUGGGACAUAUCUAUCGCUGGAACUUCUAAUUAUGUCUAUUUCAUAGAAUCUAAGGAUGAAUUGAAAACAGUCAUUAAGAAACGGAACAGCACGGUCAUAUUCUCGCCUUCUCCUAAGCUUAAAGACGUCGUUUUUAUUGCCAACUGGGUUGAUAUUAGAUAUCUCACAGAAGCCUGUCAUGAUGAUGAAGAUCUUCAUACUGCCUGCUUCUCCUCUUACGUGAACGAAUUCAGACUUUAUAAGAACGUGUUUUGUUACCUUUGCAAACUGAAAAACAUCAGAAAACUUCAGCCAAACACCAUAACAUGUCCAAAAUCAGCUACGGACACGAUUAAAAAAUUGUGCAAUGACAACCCAGUUUCAGAUCUGACGUAUCCAUAUCGUAACUUUUACUGCUUCCUGUGCAAUAUUCCCUCAUCCAACAGACCCACUACUAUAGGAAACAUGACCUAUGAAUAUGUUUUCAUGGACUUUUUCAGUGAUGUUCGUGAAAUCAGUGAAAGAAAGGAAAUCAAUCGAAAAAAAUUGGUUUUCUAUAACAACGCUUUUAACAAUGCAUCAAUAAUCAACAAAAUAUUAAAUACAAAAAUUGUGAAAAAAGAUAACACCAGCUCAUCUGCACCAGCUAAAUACAUCACAGAUCGAAUGGAAUCACUCCUAUUCAAAACGUCUGGCUAUCCCCAUCGUAUGUGCAACCAGGACAUUUUACCAAAGUUCUUACAGAACUCUACCAUAAGAAACUGUGAUUGCACCUUCUCCUGUUUGUUCAAAAAUCCCUGUAGCUGUUGUUUGGAUACCGCAAUAAUUUAUCCAACAAAAUGUAUCAGGAAUACUUGGUCCCAGAGAAUUUUGUUGACCCAAAGCACAAACCUAGAAUCAAAAAUACAGAUUGUUCAUGUCUGUUACGAAGACACUUCAAUAAAAGCGAACAAAGAGGUGCACCAAAAGUUAAAGCUAUUAUGUGAGGGAGAUUUUCAUGAAUUUGAUUAUCCAGUAUUUUCGAACAAGGUAACCUACAAAAAUGUUUUCUGUUUUCUCUGUAAUACUAAUUAUACGUUCGAAAACGGCUCAAUUUUUUCAGAGCAAUUCAGAAUUUUAGAUAUCCACAUUCUUUGUAACGGGCUACUGCAAUUUGACUUCGCAUUGUACUUUAGCCAAGUUCUUACACUGGCUAUUAUCAAUAACUGUGAUAUUGUAUACGAUGUCGAUGAUGCAGUCCUGUGUCAGUUAGAUACAGUUGGUACAAUUAAAACGAGGGAAUGUCCAAGCGUAAGAAGAGAAGAUAGAACAGACGAAAUUGGAAUAGGGGUGUGUAAAACCACAAAUAACCAAUCCUUUUUUGCAGUUGCUGAAUAUACAAAUGAAAUUUGUUAUCUGUGCCGGAAGUCGAGUACAUGGGAGAUCUUUGAUAAAACCCUGCUCUGUACCCAAUCCGGUACCCAUCACGUGAUCUACAAAGACACGUGUUUAACAUUACCGUAUGAACAGCACGAUGAUCUCAUUCAUUCUUUUAUGAACGUAUUUUGUUCUUACUGCAUGGAAGACUUCCAGGAAUCCUACCACGGUCGUCCAUCUGGAGGCUGUAUACCACUUACAGGGAAUAGUAUACGACAUGACUUCCAUCUGAUGAGAGAUUUAUUUGUUCCGGCAAUGACGUUGCGAGCCUCUCAAUUCCAGCAAACAUCAAUGGCAAGUAUUUAA